AUGCAUGUCCGAUCUUUUCUGUGGGCGGCCCUCUGCUGUUGUGAGGCCGUUGUGGCACAGGCACCCCUCGCAACAACUGUCAACGGCACCUACCAGGGCGCCCACCUCUCUUCCUGGGACCAGGAUGCUUUCCUGGGCGUCCCUUUCGCUCAACCUCCGAUCGGGGAUCUGAGAUGGCGCUGGCCACGAAGCCUCAAUGAGUCUUUCACCGAUGUCCGAGACGCGACAAAACAGGGAUACAGCUGCAUGCAGUAUCGCGGCAACUUCGACAUGUCCGAGGACUGCCUCACCCUCAAUGUCGUUCGACCAUCCGGCAAACAGGAGAAGCCUCUUCCUGUACUCGUUUGGAUCUUUGGCGGUGGCCUCUACACUGGCUCCAUUGCCGAUCCCCAGUACAACCUGUCUGGCAUUGUCAAGGUCAGCCAAGACAUGGGCCAACCUGUCAUCGCUGUCGCCAUGAACUACCGUCUCAACAUGUACGGCUUCCUGCAAACGCCGCAAUUGUUGGCUGAAGGUUCAAGCAAUGCCGGUCUUCUCGAUCAGCGACUUGCUCUCCGCUGGAUCCAAGAAAACAUCGCCGCAUUCGGUGGUGAUCCCGAUCGCGUUGUUAUUUGGGGUGAGAGUGCCGGAGCCCAGAGCAUCGCCUACCACCUCUUCAGUUAUGACGGGCGCGAUGAUGGCCUUUACAGGGGCGCAAUCAUGGAGAGUGGCGGUCCGACCGGCGCUCAGGUGCAGAACCUGCCAUACUAUACCGUUCCUGUUGAGAACCUGACCCGCUCGGUCGGCUGUUGGACGGCCUCGAACCAGUUGGCGUGCCUUCGCGGCCUGAGCCAGGAGGCUCUUUUCGCUGCCCGCCCCAGCCAAGUGUGGAACCCGCUCAUCGAUGGAGACUUCUUGACUGGAUACCCAAGCCAGCUGAUGCCGGGAGGAAGCUUUGUCAAGGUCCCGCUGCUUAUUGGACACAACACGGACGAGGGUAUCAACUUCAGGCCGACCUCUCCGAGACCCGAGACGGCAAAGGACCUCCAGAAUGCAUUUGCCAGCUGGCGAUCCUACUCACUAUCAUCUCCAACCAUCCGUAAACUCCUCGAGCUUUAUCCCGAUGACCCCUGCGAUGCGCCGCCACACGCCAUCACCAACUGCAGCCGUCUGCCCGCCUUAUCGAGGGGCUCACAGUGGCGUCGAGGAGCAGAUAUCGGUGGCGACCUAGUCAUGAUCUCCGGUCGCCGCAAGAUGUGCGAGCUAUAUGCUGGACCCAUCGGAGAGUCGCAGCCUGUUUACAGCUACCGCUUCGACCAGCGACUCUGGAAUCGCGCCGAAGUCGAUGGCGUGCAGCACUUUGACAAUGUCGCCUUUAGCUUCCAGAACAUCUCCGGACUACUGGGCGCAUCGCCCACGUAUGACUCUCACGUCAAGCUGGCCCGCACAAUAGGACAGGCGUACGUGAGAUUCGUCUACAACCUCGACCCAAACCCUGCCUGUCGCCACAAUGCGACGGACGUCAUGGCCUUGCCCAAGUGGCCCCGGUAUGAUCUGGACAAGCCGGUCAACAUGGUUUUGAAUGCUACAGAAAACCAUCUUGAAGACGACACAUACCGCAAGGAGGGUAUGGCGUACAUUAACUCGCCCGCUGUCGCUAGGGAAUUGCUCGCCUAA